AUGCUCAGACGCAAAGUAACGGGCCCCGAGGCAUGGUCUGAGAAGAUGGAGGUGGAGGACGACGCUGGAGAUCACGUUCCGAGAGAGCACAGUUUGGAGGUCACACAGCGACGACGAAGUGCAAGAGAGAGCGUAUCA